AUGUCAGGUAAAAACUCUAUACUCGCUAUAUUUGACGACCACUCGAAAGUGCUUAUCGUCGACGUAUCAAACCAAAAAUGUGCGCAUUUUUUGUACAUUAAUAUUCCGACGUUCAUGGAAUAUAAACAAAGAGUUCCAUUAAAAACGAAGAUCUCAAACUGCUUUUUGAUCUUCCGGUGGGCUUUAAAUAGGUCACGCCAAACGACUUGGAAAUGCACCAAUUCAGGAUGUCUUCUCCAUAAGUUGCUCGAUCGGAACGGAUGUUCUAAACUGGCUUCUAAGAUUUGGGAUCAAUUAAAUGAAGAAACCAAAAAACCGUUCAAAGAUUUAUAUAACACAUUAAAAAACCACCUCGAAAAUCAACGAAUCUUAAUCGAGAGUUCUCCAAAUGGUCUUAGCGCAGUAGAUCGAAGUGCACUCCCAUUCCAGCAAUUACCGUUACCAAUGGAUAUCGAUAUCGAUAUCGAUAUAAUUUGGCAAAACUUACCAAUGUUGAUCGACAAUUAUAAUUUCUUGGAUACCGAUAUCGAUAUGGUUUUUUUCGAUGAAAACUAG